AAAUGGUGUUUUUGUUUUGUGUUUCGAAAUGAACAUUUUUCCUGACUUACGUUUUUUUGACAUUUUUCAGUUUUUAUGCGCUUAUUUUAUUGACAUAUCAUUAUGGCAGGAAGAGAUGUUAUAAUUAAACCAGGAUAUUCUGAAGAAUUGCUGUUAGACCUACACGCCAAAUACAUCCUCAAAUAUGGGGAAACUGAAGAUGAUUUUGAGUUCGCAGUAACCGAUUUUCUCAGAAUUAGCGGGGUUUAUUGGUGUGUAACUGCUAUGGACAUCAUGGGCCAACUGGAUGCCAUGAAUGAAGAUGUGAUCAUCAAAUUUGUCAUGGACUGUUUUGACGAGUCAACUGGAGGCUUUCGGCCAUGUUAUGGCCAUGACCCAAGUUUGCUUUAUACACUAAGUGCGGUGCAGGUUCUGACAACGUUUAACAAGCUUGAUGUGUUAGAUUCUCAGAAGGUUGUGGAUUAUGUGAAGAGUCUCUAUCAGUCUGACGGAAGUUUCCUCGGUGAUAAAUGGGGCGAAGUUGAUACUCGCUUCUCGUUUGGAGCAGUUGCGAUCUUAUUUUUACUGAAACAACUGGACGCUAUUGACUGGACCAAAGCUACUGAGUUUGUUCUGAAAUGCAUGAAUUUCGACGGAGGUUUUGGAACAAGGCCCGGAUCUGAAAGUCAUUCCGGUCAGAUAUACUGCUGUGUUGGCUACUUGACUUUAACUGGCAAUUUGCAUCAUGUCGAAGUUGAUAACCUAUCGUGGUGGCUAGCUGAACGUCAAUUACCACAAUCCGGAGGCCUUAACGGUCGUCCAGAAAAACUCCCAGAUGUCUGCUACUCUUGGUGGGUUAUAGCCAGUUUGGCUAUGCUGAAACGGGUUAACUGGAUCGAUGCCAAAAGGUUGUCAGGGUUCAUUCUAGCGUCGCAGGAUUCGGAAACGGGAGGCAUUGCAGAUAGACCUGGAGAUGUCGCGGAUCCGUUUCACACUCUGUUUGGCCUCGCAGGAAUGUCAUUAGUGGGAGCUGAUAGUAGAUUAAAAAGUGUGAAUCCAUGUUUAUGCAUGACUGAAGAUGUCUUGAGGAAACAGGGAUUGGAAAUUAAAUAUCUUCCAUUUUGAUAUAAUUUAUCUAUAGUGUAUUGCGCUUGUCUAUAAAUUUAAUGUAA